AUUAGAUACAUAUAUACCCCGCCUCAAAUACGAAUCCACACAUUUAACAAGCAAGAUAACCCAAACGGCGGCUACCAUCACCUCAAACGAAGAAAUAAGCUACCAUGUGGGCCACCAUGCAGCCGAGCGGGCCGAACACCCUCGGGGAACAAUACCGAGAUAGCAUACUGGCAUCGGUGCGACACCCGAAACAACAUCACUGAUUGCCCUAGUUAUGGCCAACUCACGAUAUCUGAAUACACCCCGCACUGAGUAUUGCAAGCUAUGACAUUCUUCGAAGGUGCAAGGUGCAAGUCAUACGAUUGCUUGGUCUUGCACGGUCAUCAUGUCAUCUGCUGAGGAAUCGAGCAUAGCACCGGUGUAUAUCUCGAAAUGGAGAGAUACUGUCAAGGAUCUGGUCGCAGGAGCGGCGGGGGGUGUUGCGCAGGUGGUUAUAGGACAACCAUUUGACCUCGUCAAAGUCCGCCUCCAAACCCAAGGAGGCACAAACACGAAUGCGCUCUCCCUAACUCAGCAAAUAUGGAAGCGCGAAGGCCCGUUAUCAUUCUACAAGGGCUCACUCGUCCCCUUACUAGGCGUCGGCGCCUGCGUAAGUAUCCAAUUCGGCGCUUUCCACUACUUCCGCCAGCUCAUUGAGCACCACAACCACCAAACGCACCCAACCCUACCUACCACCCCUACCCUCCCCCAAUACUACCUCGCGGGCUGCUUCGCCGGCCUAACCAACAGCCUCAUCUCCGGUCCCAUCGAACACAUCCGCAUCCGCCUACAAACCCAACCCCACGGCGCCCUCGCCCUCUACACCGGUCCUUUUGACUGCGCACGCAAGAUAAUCUCCCAAGCGGGGAUUCUCCACGGGUUAUACCGAGGACAAGUGGCAACCCUUAUCCGCGAAGGCCACGGCAUCGGAGUCUGGUUCGCGUCCUACGAGGGGUUCUUAGGCCUUGCGGCGCAGAGACAGGGGAAAAGGAGGGACGAGUUGCCGAGUUGGCAGAUUGCCGUGUGGGGGGGGUUGGCGGGGGAGAUGUUGUGGUUGUUGAGUCAUCCGGUGGAUGUGAUUAAGAGUAAGAUGCAGAGUGAUGGGUUUAGGAAAGACCAGAGAUUUAAGGGAUUUAGGGAGGCUGUGAGGAUGACUUGGAGAGGAGAGGGGGUGGGAGGGUUGUUCUUCGGGAUUGGGCCCGCGUUGGCGAGGGCGAUGCCCGUUUCGGCGGGGACGUUUGCAAUGGUGGAAUUGGUGAGGAAGGUGCUGGCUUAGGUGGUUGGUGGGUUGGAAAUGUCUGGGUAGAUUAAUGGGGAAUUGAUGAAUUUAUAUCAUGGAAUGGUUUUUCAAGACUGCUUUAAAAGAUAGUGC